AUGCAAAACUCCAGAGAUCUGGACUCAGGGACUGGCCUCUUUGGGCAAGGAUCACUUGUAUGGAUUCCGUGUCCCAAAGAGGUCUGGAGGCCGGGCGUAGUCUCGAGAGUCGAUGAUUCCCAAAUUAUCGUUAAAGUUACAAAUACUGUUGACGAUUUGACGCUUGAGGAGGUUUCUGAGGAGGUUAUUUUUAAGCUUCCUUUGGAGGUUGGAUCUAAUAUAACAGGGGGGCAGCUCCAUAUAAGAGCAGCUGAGCAACUUUCAGACUGUGGUGUGGUUACUCCAGACGAUCUUUGUGAGCUAACUCACCUUCAUCAGCCUUCGAUUUUACAUGCAAUUAACUCUAGAUUUGAUCUUGAUAAGAUUUACACAUUCACCGGCCCAAUUUUAAUUGCAGUAAAUCCCUAUAGAGAUUUGGAUGGUUUCUAUUCUAUGGAAAUGAUUCAGAAAUUUAGGUCGAAGAGUACUUUUGAUGUUCCUCAUGUAUUCACUGUUGCUAAUAAGGCAUAUUCGGGUGUUUGUAGCCAGAGGAAGUCUCAAACAAUAUUAAUAAGUGGAGAGUCUGGUGCUGGGAAAACUGAAACGACCAAGUUUGUGCUUCAAUUUUUGACAGUAGUUGGUUCAUCACAGAAUAUCAGUAACUCAAGCAGUGGAAACUCAGUUAAUGGAGUUGAGAAAAGGUAUUCAUUUAUUGAGGAUCAAAUCAUUCAAAGCAAUCCUCUUUUAGAAGCAUUUGGGAAUUCGCAAACUUUGAGAAAUCAUAAUUCUUCAAGAUUUGGGAAGUUCAUUGAAGUCCAAUUUGCUGAAUCUGUCUCUAAUCCAAGUUUGAAGUCAGAUGCGGGUUCUAUACAUAUUACUAGUGCUUGCAUAAAUACUUAUUUGCUUGAAAAGGUCAGAGUAUGCCACCAACAGAAAGGAGAGAGAAAUUUCCAUAUUUUUUAUCAGCUUUGCUCUGCUGCAAAACAUAUAAUUGCUCAGGGAUCUUCUCAGGCUGAAAAUAUGGUAUAUAGAUUUCCUUCUCAUAAUACUGAGUCUAUAUUAUUUUCUGGUCAGGGUUCUGAAGGCAUGAUUUUGAACCAUAUGGCACAAUUGAGGGAACAGUUAUUUUCUAAUCCUAUGGAAAUUGAUCUUUCUCACAUAGUUUCAGAGAAGAAUUUCAAGUAUUUGGAAGGUUCUGAAUGCCUAGCUACUGACUUUCACCAGUUUGAAAAGACAUUAUAUGCAGUAAGAACAAUGGGGAUCACUAACGACCAACUAUAUAACAUAAUCAAAGUAAUUAAGGCAGUCAUGUUUUUGGGUAAUGUUAAAUUUAUAGAGAAUGAGGGAGAGUCAUCAAUUCCUCAUGAAUCGUGUAUUCAAGAUUUGGAAAUUGUUGCAUCACUUCUUUCUUUACCUAAAGAGGAUGUUAUUCGUCUUUUGACUUGCCGAAAGAUUCACCUUAGAGAAGGUGAGAUUAUGAAACAUUUAAGCGUUCAGGAGGCUGAAGCAACAAAAGAUGCAGUUUCUAAAGCUCUAUAUUCUCUGGUAUUUGACUAUAUCUUACAUUUGGUAAAUGCUCAGAUAUCUAGAGAAAGAGUAAGUAUAACUAUUAACAACGAAGAAAAGGAUAACAAAGGUUUAUAUUGUGGAAUUCUGGAUAUUUUUGGCUUUGAAUGUUUCCCAAUCAACAGUUUUGAGCAACUUUGUAUUAACUUUGCAAAUGAAAAAUUGCAACAGAUAUUUAAUGAUUACAUUUUCAACAUUGAACAGGAUUUGUAUAUAAGAGAGGAAAUAAGCUGGGAUCCAAUAGACUUUCCAGAUAAUGGUGAUUGUGUUCAAUUGUUACAACAACAGAAACCAGUUUUGGGAAUUCUCCCAGCAAUAGAUGAAGAAUGUUAUGUUCCACAAGGAUCUAAUACUGGAUUAUUGAACAAACUAGUCAAAGAAUACAAUGGGAAGAAUAGUAGAUUCGAGAUUGUGAAAAAGAAUCCAAAUAACUUUGUGAUUGUCCACUAUGCAGGACCUGUUUCAUAUUGUGUUGAGAACUUUAUAGAGAAAAAUAAGGACCAACUUUCACAGUAUUCUACGGAGGUUUUAUCAAACUCAGAGAAUCCCUGGGUUUCUGAUUUAUUAAAGGCCAAGUUUUUGGAGAAUACUUUGGACUCUGAAUCCAAUACAAAGUCCAAACGACAACAAACUCUCGGUUCAUCUUUUAGGAACCAACUGAACAGGUUAAUUUCAACUAUUCAACAAACAAAUCCUCAUUUUAUAAGAUGUAUUAAACCAAAUGAGAAUAAUUCACCAGAUGAAUUUGAUAGAAUCUCAGUCUCAGAACAGCUAAAGUAUGGUGGCGUACUUCAAGCUAUCCAAGUUAGCCGUGCUGGAUAUCCUGUGAGAUUUCCUCAUUAUGAAUUCUUACUUGAUUAUAUGAUACUUUUUUCACCAUGUGGGCAACUUCCUAUUAGUAAAUCUAAAGAUGAAUAUGACAAAUGGUGUAGGAGUAUAUUACAUUCAGGUCAAGAAUAUCAAGAUACAAAGAGUAUAUCAUCUUUGUCUAUAUCAAAUAGUGCAACAAGAAAGAGUCAGAUAAUUGAGUUAAUGGAAAGCUUAAGCUUUUCUAAUCUUAUUUUGAAGGAUGAACAAACAACCCAAUGGGCGGUUGGGGUCACCAGAGUGUUCUUGAAGGUUGAAACUUUUAGAGAUCUAGAACAGCUUAGAGUACGUGUUAGGGAUACUGCUUCUACAAGGAUUCAAAGCAUGUGGAGAAUGGUUUUAUGUUCUAAUCAACAUAAAAAAGUUCUCAGGGCCAUUGUUAUUAUCCAAAGCAUCUGGAAAGGAAUUUUAUCCAGACGGAGACUCAAAUUCCUUCUUAAACAAAAAGCUGCUCUUACUAUUCAGACUAUUUUCCGAGGACAUAUUGCGCGCCAAAAGUUGAAAUGCAUGCAGUUACGUGUCAGAAUGAUCCAAUCAAGAUGGAGGGUAUAUUUAAGGAGAAAGGAGGCGGAGGAAAAGUUAUACAUCCGAAAGAUAUGUUUAAUUCAGUCUACAUUUAGGAUGUAUUUGCAGAGAAGAUAUUUUGUUAGAUUGUUGGAAAGUGUAUUGAAGGCUCAGAUAUUAUGGAGAGGAAAACUUGCAAGAAGACAAUUCCAAAAACUUAAGAAAGAGAGGAAUGAAUUUAGUGAGCUGUUUUCAAAAUAUCAGGAGGCUUUAAUUGAGAUUCAGAAACUGAAAUCUAACUGUUCACGUUUAGAGGAUCAGCUUUAUAAGGCUUUAUCAGAGCGUAAUGCUUUAAGGGAUGAAAAAGAGCAACUAAGCCAGGAGAUAUUUUCUCUUAAGAAUGAUGAGAAAAUUGGUUCUGACUCUCGUAUUUUGGUUGAUAUUCCAGACCAGGACCAGAAUCAUGAUAAUAAUCAAGUUUCACAAAAUAUUAACAAUAAUAAUUCUAUUUCAGAAGUAUUUUCCCAAUUCCAAAGUCAAGAAGGAAAAGAUAUUGUAAAUGAGAUGGAGAUUUCAAGACAAAAAGAAAUAUUUAAGAGGCUUUUGAGGUUAUCAUCAUAUCCUUUUUCAAAGUUGGAGUUACUGGAAUCAAUUCCAGAAAUAUUAUUUCCGAGGGAUUCUCAUUCAAUUGUACUGAAUUACCAAGACAGACAGAUUGGGCUUCUGUUUGCAGGGUCAUCAGGGAGUGGAGAUAAACAACUUUUAGGGAGGUUUAUGGUCGAAACAGGAGCUGGCUCGGUAGAUGAGAAUAGCUUACAGGUAUUCACAAUUGAGCUGUCAAACAUUCCAGGAGCGCACGUAAUGUCUACACAGGAAUGUUUAAAAGGAAGUUACUAUGGUUCAGAAGAACACAGCCAUAGAGUUAGAGAAUCUAGUGUGGGAGAGAGAUGGCCACUUAAUAUAAUGAGUAUAACAUCUCUAGAAAAGGAUGAAUUUUGUCAGCAAAUUGAAAGCUUUCUCUCUAGAACAAGAGUGGCAAUUUUCGUUUAUGAUGUGGCAAAUGCUGAAUCUUUUAGAGCUCUGAGGGGAGAAAGUAGUAAUGGUGAUUUUGGAAUACUUAAAAAAGCUAUAGAAAAUGGAUGCAAGGUAGUCUUAUUUGGGAAUUUAUACAGAGUAAUACACAAAUCAGCUAAUAUAGAAGUAGAUAUUGAGCAGGUAAGAAAGAUUUCUUGUGAUUUGGAUAUUAUUUCUAUAGAGUCAGACUCGAUUUCAUCUUUGGUUUCCUCAAUUGUGGGUAUUAUUAAUGCCAGAAACCACUUAGAGCUAAAAACUGCUCAAAUGGAAGAUAUUCAAGUAGGAGCUGAAGAUAAAAGCCUUAAAGAUACAAUGGUUAAUAAAGAUGGGUUGGAAAUAACUUUAGAGAGAAAUACAAUGCAACAAAAACAAUUAAAUAACUCUCUUUUAUCCAAGUUUAAUGAUGGAAUAAGAGCAUUUGGUCUUAGAAUUCCAAAAUUCCCAGUAUCAAAGACAGUAUCAGAUAGAAAUGAAUUUUUAGUGGCAACUAUGGAGAUAGAAGAGUCGGGUAACUCUUCUAAAGUUGAAAGGCAGGGAGGAAUUGGACCAGUUAUUAACAUUAAAGAUGAUCAAAACAGUUCGGUUACUCAUAUAGUAUUCUGCAGAGAUAUUCCAACUGAGCCACAUACAAUGCUUUUAGUUGCAAGAAAGAAUGGAGUAAUUCAUGCAUAUUACUGCUACAAGACCCAUUUAGAGGAUGGUAUUGUUGAUGAAAAUUCAUCUUUAGAAUGGUCAGGAAAAGUUGAAGAAGCUUAUUCAAGAAAAGCACAUAACAGAGCAAUAACUUCUUUAGCUCUUUCUCCUGAUGAAUCAGAGUUUUUAUCCACAUCCAUAGAUAUGACAGUAAGAAGAUUUCUAACAGCUACAGGCCAUGCUAUUAGCUUGUUUUCUGAUAAUUCUCCAGUACUUGUUGGGUCUUACUUACCUUUUCUACCAUCUUUAUUUAUUGUUUCAUCUUCCAAACCACUUCUGAGAAUUGUAAAUGUGGAUGUUGGAGUUGCUCAGAAGAUUAAAACUGACUCAACAAUUAGAGCUUUGUGUUUUGAUAGUACUGGAAUUUACUGUUUUGCUGCAUGUAAAGAGGGAAGAAUUUAUGUUUUAGUAAACAUAGCAGCAAAGUCUUCAUCCAGAACUUCCGUAGAAACAGACUUCAGAUUUACAGACAAAAGAGGAAUGCAGGUCUGUAGCAGAGCCAUUACGAAUAUGCUAUAUGUACAUGGAUCUUCUGACUAUUCUAAUGUUAGAAAAACGCAUGUAAAUGGCGCCAUUGGCACAGGUUUAGGCGGGUUUUCAUCCUUAUUACCAGUAUUAGUGGUAAAUGCAGCAGACUCCACAAUAACAAUAAUAGAUAUUCGGUUGCAGGCUCCAACUGGCCAGAUAGAUGUUUCAAAUGUUCCACAUGUGGUUUUGCAAGUGAGAUUUAGGAUUCCGAAUCCCCAUUCAUUAAUGCCUUUGAGGUCGUGCUAUUCGUCUAGGAAUGGUCUUUGGGUGGCAUCCGCUGCGGAAGACUGUUCUGUUAGGGUUUUCCAGCUGAACAAUGACUCCUGUGAGAAAGAAAGUUUGGUUUUGGCGGGUCAUUCAGCUCCAGUAAUAAGUACAGCAGUGAAUGCAUCAUCCACAUUAUUAGCAAGCGGAGAUGCAGAUGGGAUAGUAAUAAUUUGGAGGAGAUUUUCAAAAUCAUAG